GGGAGUGGGCGGGGGCCAGGCGUGGGCGGAGAGGGCGUGGGUGGAGGUGGAAAGGGCGUGUCUGACAGGGCGGGGAGGAGGGUCACGUCAGGCUCUGUAAACAAAGUGUGGCCAGCCAGCCCAAGCCUCCUGCCCCCUGACCCGUCGUUCCUCGCCGUCCAUCCCGCCGAACCUUUGUGCUUUGGCCAAUUAAGUGGUCCAUAUCAGCCAAGCAAUACCAUGGGGGGUAGCGACAUGCAGUUCUGCCUGCGAUGGAACAACUUUGGCACCACAAUGACAGCUGCCCUACACACUUUACAUGAAGGAGGUGACUUUGUAGACGUCACCCUGGCAGCUGAUGGUGUGCAACUCAAAGCCCACAAACUCAUCCUGUCCGCCUGCAGUCCCUACUUCAGGGACAUCCUGAAGAACAACCCAUGUCCACACCCAGUAAUCAUCCUGAGGGAGGUGCCCAUCGAGGACUUGGAAGCAGUGCUCGCCUUCAUGUAUGAAGGUCAAGUCAAUGUGUCCCAGACCCGCCUCCACACUUUCAUGAAGUUGGCUGAGGCUCUCCAAGUGCGUGGCCUCACUGACACCCAGAACACCAGGGCCAGGAUAGAAAAGGAGAUGUUCCAGGAUUUGCUACCAACCUCAGAGGUACCAAAUUCAAAUCCAGUGGUAACUGCAGCAGCAGCAGCAGUUGCUGCAGCAGUCAGCAGUGCAAGUGAAAUAACUGUCCCCAUAGUUUCACACACAACUACCCAUACUCUGCAGACCAGAUCACGAGCACAUGAGUCACCACCUCCAGCAGCCAAGCGGAGGAGGUCCUCUCCCAUCCAUGAAAGAAGUUCUACAGGGCCAGAAGGGGAAGACAACAGCUUAGAGGAUCAUGCAGAUAACAAGAGAGAUAUUCGUAAUUUAUUGGAGGUUAAGUUGGAGCCAGAGGAAUAUCCAGAGGAUGAGCUGGAGCAGGAUUUGGAACCUCCACCUCCACCACCAGAAGUGAGCUUCAUGGAGCAGCAGCCAGAUAUGAGCCUUAAGAACCUUGGAGUGGCUACCACUUCUGCUAGCAUGGCCUCUGGCUUUCUUUCACAACAGUCCUCUGACAAGGCCAGUCACCACAUCAUCCCCAGAAGGAAUUCUCAUGAAAAGACCUCCAGUGCUGUUAACUUACAACCAGAAUUUCCCCAAGACCCAUCUUGCCAAAACCUACCAUACCCAUGUCCAUUCUGUGAGAAAGCAUACACUUCAUGGGGCUUCAGGAGGCGUCACAUCAAAGGAUACCACACCUCUUCCCCAGAGCUACCAUGCAAGUGGUGUUUCACCAUUCUACCAUCACACCAAGAUUGGGCGGAACACGUAACCAGACGACACAACCUGGCAGUGGGUGAUGCUCGUAACGGCCUGUUAAUCCUAGAGGAGGCCCACAUGGUGCUGCAGAUUGCCCAACCCACUCGCAUUGACUCCCUCAUGGAACUGAUCAAAAACAAGAAGGACAAGGAUGAAGAUGAUCCUGCUAAGGACAGUGAGGGAAAGGAGGCAGAGCAGAGCCAGAGUAAAGAUGCUGGAGAGGGAAGCAAGUGAGAUCCGGUGGGCUGAUUCCAUUUCUCUUUUUCCAUUCAGGGAUAAUACAUCCGCAGUAGGAGUUUAUACAAUAAAAUAUUUAAUAUUUUAUUUGUACAUGUGUGUGUGUGUGUGUGUGUGUGUGUGUGGACGUGAAGUGUGAAGGAGAUAAGUCACCAUCUUUUUAGGAGGGCUGUAGGAGUGCCUUCAGGUGCAGGUAUAUUGCCAUACAGACAUGUGAUAUUCUACUUCAUGUUGGUUUGUCUCCCUAAUAGGAUGGAGUGUGAGAAAGUAUGUUCUGGUAAUAAGGUGUGAAAGAAAAAUGAGUUACCUCAUUUAUUGUUUUCUCCCAUUUUCACAGACUUUUUAUGAAAGUCUUUCUUGUAAUUACACUUCUUUUCAUAGAAGCAAAGCAUCUAUUGCUCCCUCCCAGUGAAGUUUUAGUUUGGUGUAACAGAUGCAUCAUAAUGUUUUCUGAUUAUAACUUCCUUCCCUUUCCCAAUAAAGCUAAAUAACUGUAUAGUGAAAAGUUAUAUUUUUAGAAACUAAUCAGAAAGAUUCAGUAAUAUUUUUGUGUAUGUGGUGUCACCUCACAGAACACGUGUGCAGGAGUGCCAAGUGUGUGUGCUUGCCCCUGUGGCCAUGCAGAGUCCGGCCUUGUGAUGUGAUGUGGCAAUUUUACCAUCAGAGUUCUCUUGUUUAGGGUCACCUUUGCCUUCCAUUUUUGGGAAAAAAUGCCUUAUUGAAGUGUCCUCUGAGGGAUAAAUUUUGUAUUGACAUCACAAUAACUAAUAUGAAAUGGUAAUGCACAAAGUAAUAAUAGUGUAAUUAUUGUAUUUAUUCUGAAAUCAGUACUACGAGUAUAGGGCCUCAUGUCUAAAGUUAAUUUAACUUUUGCCAAUACCUAACAAAAAAUGUAUUUUUAUACUGAGUUAGUGGCAAAUAAAUAUUUUUUUGUUCAAUAUAUAACAUGAAAUACUA